CUGGCCAGCAUGCAGUGCGCCCUGCUUCUCUUGCUCGGCCUCCUGGGGGCCGCCUCGGCCAGCCCCACCCCAGGCCCCUGGGAGUGUGCACGGGGGUCUGCUGUGUGGUGUCAGGACCUGGAGGCGGCAGCCAGGUGCGGGGCCGUGGGGUACUGCCAGAGCGCCGUGUGGAGCAAGCCCACCGCCAAGUCCCUGCCCUGCAGCCUGUGCCAGGACACGGUGGCCGCGGCCGGCAACGGGAUGAACCCCAACGCCACAGACGCUGACGUCCUGGCUUUACUGAUGCAGAACUGUGAGUGGCUUCCCAGCCAGGAGUCUUCAGCCAGAUGCAAGCGGAUGGCAGACACCCAACACUCGGCCAUCCUGGGCAUGCUUCACAGGGCUCCCGGCAGGGCCCCGGCACAGGUGUGCACGGCGCUCACCCUCUGCGAGCCCCUGCAGAGGCACCCGGUCGCACCCCCGGGGCCGCUGUCCCAGGAGGACGCCUCCGAGGAGACCACAGCUCCAUCCAGGACCGACGGGGCCCUCAGCUUCCAGCCGCCCCAGACGCCCGGGGGAGCCAUAUGCCAAGACUGUGUGCGGCUGGUCUCCCGACUCCAGGACGCCGUCCAGUCCAACUUGACCCUGGCAGAGCUGAGCCUCCAGGAGCCGUGUGCGUCCCUGCCGCCCGGCCUGGCUCUCCUCUGCAAGAACUACCUCCUCCAGGUGCCCAUCCCCACAGAGCAAAUGCUGAGGCCCCUCCCGCCACAAGAGGUCUGCCAGAGGCGGGGCUUCUGUGGAGAGUUGGGAACAGCGGCCCGCCUAGCCCAAGUGGCAGCUGCAGACGGGGUCCCCUCCCUGGAGAUGGGGUUGGUGGAGAAGAGAAGUGAGGUGCUACAGAUGCCCGGCAUGUCCUGUGAGGUAUGCCUGGCGAUGAUGCAGAAGAUGGAACAGUGGCUCAAGUCCAACAGCACGGUGGCCAUGAUCAGACGCGGCCUGGAGCACAUGUGCUCUCUCUGGCAUAACUCUUUCGUCGAGAAGUGCGUCCUCAUGGUGGACACCUACAGCCCCUCCUUGGUGCAGAUCUUGGCCAGUGUCACCCCGGAAAAGAUGUGCAAUGUCAUCAGGCUGUGUGGCCAUCGCAGGCGGGCCCGGGCAGCCCACGGUGCCCACGCCACCACGCCACUCCCGCUGCUGGACGCAGAGAACCAGGGCAGCUUCUGUAACAGCUGCAAGAAGCUGCUCAGUGUGUCCUCCCACAACCUGGAGAGCACCAGCACCAGGAGGGACAUCCUGAUGGCCUUCAAGGGCGGCUGCAGCAUCCUGCCGCUGACCUACAUGAUCCAGUGCAACCACUUCGUCACCCAGUACCAGCCCGUGCUCAUCGAGAGCCUCAAGGACAUGAUGGACCCUGUGGCUGUUUGCAAAAAGCUGGGGGCCUGCCACGGCCCCAGGAACCCGCUGCUGGGCACCGACCAGUGCGUCAUGGGCCCGAGCUUCUGGUGCAGGAGUCCCGAGGCCGCCGAACUGUGCAACGCGGUGCAGCACUGCCAGGCACACGCAUGGAAGGAGGAACCCACCCAGGCCGGGGGACAUGCGUGA